CUUUUAUACUGUCGUCCCUGUUGACCCUGUUUUCAAUCUUCCAAAUUCUCACCAACUACCGCCACAAUAUCAAGCUGAUGUUUAAAGGCAUAUUCAACCAUUUGCCCUUGACCGCGACGACAGAAACGCUGUGUUUGUGUUGUCUGACAGCAUGGCCUAUGCAGGUUCACAAAUAGCGUAUAUACAAUGGGGAUACAUCAUUGUGUGGGCUGUCCUGCUUUUGACGUUCUUUGCACUCGCCUACCUACCUUAUCGUGCUGCCUGUGUUCGGACUAAUCUCUCGAGAUGUCCUGAAGUACAUGUGGAACCUUCUACCCGGAUAUCGGUGGAUUCGCAAGGAAAACAAGACACGUCCGUUAUUUUGGUUUUGGACAACAGGAAGAUAUUCCACAAUGUCACUUAUUUCACGUUCUUCUUCUACAUCGUGCUCGGCCUGUUCGGCUGUCUUCUCACCAUUAUUAAGGGCAUGAUCCUGGGCAUCAUGUACCUCUCCAGGCUGGACAAGUGUGGUCUCGUAAAUGGCUUCGAAACAUGGGAUAAAGGUUAUAUGAACUACGUUAGUUUCCUCCACUUCGAAGAGUGCCAUCGACACCCGGUCUUGUUGGUAUUUUGUGACAUUCUGAUUGAUGGUAUGCCACACGACCGGAACCAGGCUCGCCUUAACACAUACGGAACCGUUGAUGACGUUUCAAAAGACGUCACUUAUUCCAGCUCUUGGACUGCGUUAGGAAGGCCGAGACGUCGUUGGUUGAAAGCGUACACUAUGGUGAGGAAUUCAUCUGUGAGAGCAAAACAGAUUGAAGCAGACUAUGACACGCUAGAGGACAUUGACAUCACUGAUCUUUCUGACCAGGCUAUCAUUGACGUAUCUAAUAAUGACCUGCCAAACACUGGCGUUGCUCAUCAUGUUAAACGGUCAUGCACAUGGAUCAUAACGAUAAAUCAGUGCUAGUUUAGUUGAUGAUGUUUUGUGGGGAGGGAGGUCAUUGUUUUGUAAAACGAUAAACUGUUAAGUACCAGUGCAUACAGUUAUUUUUUAGUUGCUUAAUUGUAUAUGUUUAUAUAUUCUUAAUGUAUAUAAAUUAUAUAUUUAUACAUUAAACUCCUAACAAUAAA